UGCAAAUGCAGUUUACUCUGUCCUCCACUUAUCCACUCGAGUGUCUCAGGUUGAAGAUCAGGCAUUGCAAAACUACACUAUCACUGAUGUUAACAUCUUACACCAACUAUCGCCCGACUUCAACUCUUAUCAACCAUCUGAAUUCCAUUCAAUCUCCCAAAUCCCAAAACCUCCAAAACCUUCCACAAAUCCACGCCUUUGUCCUCAAGACCAAAACUUUCCCUCUUUUCUCUCCCAAAUCCAUUUCUUCCUCCGAAAAGUUCUCUUACUUUUGCUACAUCUUAAGGCAUUUGGAAAACCCAGAUCUCUCCGUCGACCUCUGCAACGCCAUUCUUCGGAGCCUCUCCUCCAACGGAAAUUCGCUCCAAGCUUUGUCUUUGUUUCGAGAAAUGCUUGUUAAUGGAUUCGUCCCCGAUAACUACACCGUCCCUUUUGUUCUCAAGGCCUGUGCGCGGUCUCAGGCGAUGAGAGAAGGUGUGCAGAUUCAGAGUUAUGCCGUCAAGACUGGGCUGUUGAUGUCCAAUGUUUAUGUGAAGAAUACUCUCAUGAGGCUAUAUGCUGUUUGCGGGCUUGUGAGUUCCGUCCGCCGAGUGUUCGACGAAAGUUCUCAACGAGACUUGGUGUCUUGGACCACGCUCAUUCAGUGUUAUGUCAAGAUGGCGUUCCCCAAGGAAGGUGUUGCGGCGUUCUUCGAGAUGUGUGAUGCGAAAUUGAAGGCGGAUGAGAUGACGGUGGUGGUUGUUCUCUCCGCUUGUUCGAAGCUUGGAGACUUGGGAUUGGGUAGAAGAAUACACGACUAUGUGCGCGAUAAUCGGGUGACGUCUGAUGUUUUUGUCGGGAAUGCGUUGGUCGACAUGUAUCUAAAGUGUGGCGAUGCUGGUUCAGCGCGGAAGAUAUUCAACGACAUGCCGGUUAGAAACGUGGUUUCUUGGAAUUCGUUGAUAUCGGGGUUGGCUCACCAAGGGGAGUUUAAGGGUGCGUUGGACGUGUUUCGGAAGAUGCAAAGCGUAGGAGUUAAGCCGGAUGAUGUUACUUUAGUUUGCGUUUUGAAUUCUUGUGCAAAUCUUGGUUUGCUUGAGUUAGGGAAGUGGGUUCAUGUGUAUAUAGAUCGAAAUCAGAUUGAGGCGGACAGGAUUAUAGGGAACGCACUGGUGGACAUGUAUGCAAAGUGUGGAAGCAUAGACCGUGCCUGCAGGGUGUUUGAAGGCAUGAAGCGUCGAGAUGUGUAUUCGUACACUGCCGUAAUAGUCGGCUUAGCUAUGCAUGGAGACGUCUUAAGGGCAUUGGAUAUCUUCUCCGAGAUGCCUCGAGUGGGCAUAAAACCAGACGAGGUGACAUUUAUAGGUGUUCUAACAGCAUGUAGUCAUGCAGGCCUUGUGGCGGAAGGAAAGAAGUACUUCAACGACAUGUCAUGUGUGCAUAACCUUAGACCUCAAACCGAGCACUAUGGCUGCAUGGUCGACCUUUUAGGCCGAGCUGGAUUAAUCGAGGAGGCGGAGGAGCUUAUUAGUAGCAUGCCAAUGGAGCCCGACGCCUACAUCUGGGGCGCCCUUUUGGGAGCUUGCAGGAUCCACGGGGAAGUUGAGCUCGGCGAAGAUGUUAUGGAAAAACUACUAGAGGUUGAGCCGGAGAAAGAUGGUGCAUAUGUGCUCAUGUCAAACAUAUAUUCCUCUGCAAAUAAAUGGAGAGAUGCGGUGAAGUUAAGAAAAGAAAUGAAGGAAAAGAAAAUGAAGAAAACUCCUGGAUGCAGUACAAUUGAACUUGAUGGCGUGGUUUACGAGUUUCGGAAAGGCGAUAAAUCGCAUCCGAGAAGUAAUGAGAUGUACGAGCGGCUGGAAGAAAUCACGAGACAUUUGAGGAAUCACGAGCAUUUGGCACACUCAACUUUAUGAAUUUUUUUCAGAAAGAAAAAUGAAAAAUUGUCAAAAGUUGACACUCGGAAAAAUUUAAGGCAGGUGAAUUUUUCUCCGCAAUCUGCAGCUUGAUCCCCUACCCUAGUACCAAAUCAAGGACUUGACCUACUUGGUUUUUUUUAUUUUUUAUUUUUAUCAAUAUCAAUAUAUCAGGAGAGAAAUUUUCACGGCACUGUAUCAUGAUCACAUGCCGUCUUUUUUUUUUUUUUUUUGACUCCACAUGCCGUGGUUGUUAAGCUGCAAUGUAUGGAGGA